ACAAAGAACAUUUAAACAUGCGGAACAAAAUUUUGUUUUAUAUCAUAUUUAUGAUUUUGAAUUUCAAUUAUUUAGUAAACUGUAUUUAUUUGACACAUGAGGAAGUAGAUCAGGUAAUGCUGAAGUCAGAAACUCAAAAUUUUCUUGCUGAGUUUAACAGUAGCUACCAAAGGAGGGUUAUAUUUCAACAACUUAAAGCGUGUCCAUAUACACCGCUUUGUACAUUUUCAUUAGAUACAGAAUUACCUAUGAACAAGAUAAGUUGUUGUAAGAAAUGUAAAUGCAAAUUUCCCGAAUGUCUUAAGAAAAACAUGUGUUGUCCAGAUAUUGUAUUUUUUAACAGUAGAGAAACUAACAACACCAAAAAAACAUUUGACUAUUUCAAAGAACUAACGGAAACUGGUAUGCGUAAAACGUGCAUUCAUCUUCACCUCUCCCAGAAAAAUGUGACUGACUACAAAUAUGGUGCUUUUGGAUAUGAAACUUGUCCUGCUGGAACGCACGAAGAUCUUGUGCAAAACUGCACAAGAAAAUAUUCCACUAAUAUUACUUCUUUUGACGAUAUUUCUCCGGUUUUAGUGGCAGGUGAAUUGUAUAGAAAUAAAUAUUGUGCUUUAUGUCAUAAUGUUUCAAAUGUGAAAUUAAAGUUUUUGAAAAAAAAGUUUUCAUGUGAGUCAGAUUUGGAGGAAUCGCCAAAAGAUGAGACUGGUAUAAUUAAUGAAGUUCUCAACAACAACGUAUGCGAUCUUGAAUUUAUAUACUUAACUGGGUUGAGACUGGACAGGUGCUACACUGCUGUAACUACAUGUAAAUCUUGGCAUGACAGACAAAAUAAUGAUCCGUGUAGUUUAUACAGAUCUGUAGUGACACCAGAACCGAAAACCAGUACUCUCAAAUUUCAAAACCCCUAUUGUUUGGAAUGCAAUGGAAUAAAGAAUUAUCAGUUGCUGUGUGACUUAGACAAAGGUCGAGAUCCGAAAGGUGACUUUGCUUUUUCUGGUUUGUUGAAGCAAGAAGAUAUAAAAACGGAAAACACUCACGGUAAUUUUGAUGACCGUUGCUCGGAAAAUGAAAUUUAUGAUUCAAUAUCGAAGAUAUGCAGAAAGUUGGAGUGUCCAAUCACGGUUGAUGAUUCGCUUGGAUCUUGUGUUGAUAUAUUUGAAAAGUUUAUAGACGUGAAGUAUUUGAUUUUCUUGCGUGUUCUACCUAGAGACCAAAUGAAAUUAUUGCAAGCUGUAUCAAUCUCCGAAAAUGUCUAUAACUACAUUUUAGAUAUGUUUUCCUCCCUUGGUAAUUUAUGUUAUCUUCAAAUGAUGUUUCAAUCUAACCGGGAAUUGCGAAAAACAAUUUCAUAUAACAACAUUAGUCAAUCAAAUGAUUCAGAACUCUUAUUCUUCUACUUCAAAAGUGUUAUUAUGGUUGAAACAUACCACAAUCCAAAGCAGUUGUUUUACACCAUGACAAGAAAUCACAUAUUUUCACUUACAAACAAAAACUAUUCAUUUGAAAUAAGGGUAUUCGACGGAAAUCAUGCCAACUUCAACGCAUUAGAGACACUUCCCGGUUUCAAAAAUCUUUUGGUUUUUCCGUUUCCAAGACUAUACAAUAACUAUUGGUGUAAACGUUAUACGCAACAGGAACUGAAUGUUAUGUUGAUAAACCCGUGCCUUAGAGUUAAAUUAUCUUCUUCUGAAAUACAUUGGAUUGAAAAUAUAAGAGGAAUUGCAUUACAGCCAUGGAACUAUCAUUUAAAUAGCGAGGAUUUUCAUUUUUCAGAUUCAAUUUACAUAAUGAUUUGUGUGGAUCAUUUCGAAGACUUUUUAUUAAAACUUCAUCUUUCAGAGUCAUCACCUGAAUCUGAUUCCAAUUUCGUAACAAUUAUAUUAUCGCUUGUAUGUUCCACACUUUCUAUUGUUUCCCUCGCAAUAACGUUUAUAAUAUUUUCCAUUAUACCUGAGCUGAGACUGAAACUGCCUGGCAAGAACAUCAUGUCAUUAGUGUUAUUAAUGCUGCUAGCUCAGGCUUUGUACACAAUAAGUAGUUUUGGAAAUAUUAACACAAACUCUAAAGUAUGUUUUGCAUUAGGCGUGGCUCUACAUUUUUGCUGGUUGCUGUCUAUAUUUUGGAUGAAUAUCUGCACAUUUCAUUUAUUUCGUGUAUUUUCUAAGACACGAGUAAUGUCGAAUGAGGCUUGGCUUAAAAUAUUUGUCAGAUAUCAUUGCUUUGCUAUUGUAAUAUCGUUGUUAUUUGUUGCACUUAAUAUAACAUUAUCACUUUCCUUAUUAGGCAACAGUGGAUAUGGUGGAAGGAAUUGUUAUAUUUCGUCACAAAAAAUGAUCAAUUACUCGUUUGUACUUCCAACUUGCUUUGUUGUUUUAACAAACAUAAUUAUGUUUGUCUAUGUUAUCAUUAAAAUAAAGUCAAUUUCGUCGAUUCCAAGACAUCUUCAAAACGAACGCAAUGAUCUGAACGUAUUUGUAAAGCUAUCAACCAUUACAGGGGUCACUUGGAUAUUUGGUCUUCUGUACACAUGGACAAAUGUAAUUGUUUUUUCAUAUUUAUUUAUCAUUUUAAAUGCCUGCCAGGGUGUUUUUAUCAUGCUUGCUUUUGUCACUAAUGAUCGCGUUUUCAAAUUGGUAAAAACUCGUUCAAUUAAGUCAAAUGCAAGUUCUACUAGAUUUUCUACUUUUGAAAGCUAGUUUAAGAAUAUUAAUGUUUGACUGCAAGGGUAUGGUCAAUACAUGUUUAAUGACUUGUGGAAUACUUUCCUUAACUCCGUUCCCCAACCCCGAAGGUAUUAGUAUAUUUGUAACAUAUUUGUAUGAAAAUGAUUUAGAAAGCUUGAUAUUCAUACAUAACUUCAUCUUGUUAUUCCAAUUUUAU